GUUGUUUGUUCCCUUGUAAUUUUUCCGUGUUUCGUUACCGCGAGAAUAAUUACAACAAAUUUAUUCAACAAUAUUUUCUGUGUAUUUGAAUGGUGUUUUUCUUAUAGUGUCGUUUUCUUCCGGUACAUUAUUUGCCGUUUCGGUUUGCGAUCAAAUCAAGUGUGCGUGUUUGUUUUAGUGGUUUUUUUUUGUCUCUGUUUUUGUCCGUAGUGUUGGUAUUACUGUCCCUCUUCAAUGUGCUCGUGCGUACGCGCGUGCGCUUCUUUCGUUGUCCACAAUAUCCUACAAUCCUGCUGUCCUUGUUCGAACGGGCAACUGAAAGAUGACCUGUGCGAAGUCGUCUCCGAAAUGGAGUCGCUCGAUUCGGGCGAGGAGGGCAAGAACAGCAACAAGACCAAAAUGAUGUCGAUCGGCAGGAAGAAGUUCAACAUGGACCCGAAGAAGGGCAUCGAGUUCCUCAUCGAAAAGGGCCUGUUGCAGCACACGGCCGAGAGCGUCGCCCAGUUCCUGCACAAGGGCGAGGGCCUCAACAAGACCGCCAUCGGCGACUAUCUGGGCGAGAAGAACGACUUCAACGAGCAGGUGCUCCAGGCCUUCGUCGAAUUGCACGAUUUCACCGAUCUGAUAUUAGUGCAAGCUUUAAGGCAAUUCCUUUGGAGUUUCCGAUUGCCCGGCGAGGCUCAGAAAAUCGACCGGAUGAUGGAGUGCUUCGCGAAGCGGUACUGCGAAUGCCAAGGGGAGAACAACAUAUUCGAAAACAGCGAUACCUGUUACGUCCUUUCGUUCGCCAUCAUCAUGCUCAAUACGAGUUUGCACAAUCCCAGCGUGAAAGAGAAGCCGACGAUAGAGCAAUUCAUCAGCAUGAACCGGGGCAUCAACCAAGGACAGGACCUGCCCAGGGAGUUGCUGGUGAGCCUCUACGAUAGCAUCAAAGCGGAGCCGUUCAAGAUACCCGAAGACGACGGCAACGAUCUGAUGCACACGUUCUUCAAUCCGGACAAGGAGGGCUGGCUGUGGAAGCAGGGCGGCCGGUACAAGUCGUGGAAGAGGCGCUGGUUCAUCCUCAACGACAACUGCCUCUACUACUUCGAGUACACCACCGACAAGGAGCCGCGCGGCAUCAUACCGUUGGAGAACAUCUCGAUACGCGAGUGUUGCGACAGACACAAACAGUACUGCUUCGAGUUGUACGCGAGCGGCGGCGCCGAGUUCAUCAAGGCGUGCAAAACGGAUUCGGAGGGCAAGGUGGUGGAGGGCAAGCACACGGUGUACAGGAUGUCGGCGGGCAGCGACGACGAGCGACGCGAGUGGAUGCACCGGCUGAGGCAGAGCAUCAGCCACAAUCCGUUCUACGAUAUGUUGGCGAAUCGGAAGAGGAAGGCUCAGUUGUAUUCGAAGAAUUAG